CUCUAAUGAAUCUAGAAUGAUGCAGCUCUGGAUCCAUACUGUAUACAAACAGUGCAUUUGAAAGCAUGAAACUAAAUCCACUUAUUGUGUGCAGCUUACUCUUUGCCUUGCAAGAGGUGCAGUGUACAGGCUCUGGUGGCUCCCCUCUACCGAGAGCCAGUGCUAAGCCUGUCAAUGUGGACCCAAAGCUCGACUGUGCCGUCAAGGAGCUGGCUUGGGACUUUGCCAACCAACUUCUAACUCAACAGCCUAACAGUCAAGUACAUUACGCCUACGAUGCACUGCAAUUAGCAGCUUGUAACAUUUCACCAGUUCCAAAAAGCUCCAAAAAACCUCUCCUGUCUGAAAAUAAAGCUCUGAAAAGUAGCAAUCCUGACAUUACUGUUUAUGUUGACUCUAACAGUGGAGAUGACAACAACCCUGGAACUUCUGACAAACCAGUGAAAACUGUUUACCAUGCUGUCGACUUGUAUCGAGGUCAAAAGACCAAGCUAACAGACGAAGGAAUGAUUAUACUGGCCCCCGGAGAUUACUACCUAACUGAUACACUUGAUCUAGGACAUGAUGAUAGCCACCUUACCAUUCAAGGAGAUAAAUCGAAGCCAACACUCAUAAGUGGAGGAAAACAAUACACUUUCCAGUGGAACCAAUAUGUAAACAGAAUGGAACCACAGAUGAACGGAAUAAAUGCUAUCAAUGGGGCAGUUUCAAAUCCAGGUGAUAGUAGUUCAAUGGCAACAUUUGUUGGCAGUAUGAACAGUUCUGAUGACUGCCAAAAAGCGUGUGCACAGGAAAACACUUGCUUUGCUUACACAUGGCAUGGGCCUUCAACAGGAGCCUUUGCAAAGAUGUGCUACUUCAGAGCUGAUGGACUAUGGGUACCUACAACAGAUCAAGGUCACAUCAGUGGCAAGAAACUCAACAUAAUGGUGGCAGACCUCAGCAAGCAAGCCCCAAUUCCUUUCACUUCGUUAUUCCUAAAUGGACAAAGAGCUGUGCGUGCUCGAUAUCCUGAUGGAAAUCCAGAAACCAUGGGUCUCCACACCAAUCCGACUGGCUACGUGUCCAAAGCUGAUACCUGGAUGCCACCACAGAACAGAGGGAAACCUGAAGAGAUACAUAUUGAAAGUCCAGAAAGAAAUGGGACACAUUUCCCACAGUUUCAGAUCGGGAUUGGAGGGCCCGUGGCUGUUUUCAACCCCCCACAAUCCUACUGGGGCACGACGCAUCCUACUGGAGGGGGUGGUUCAACAUACAUCAUCUCAACGGGGCUGGUUUACUCUGCUCAGGAAGGAUUCGUUAAUCGCACAUGGACACAUCCAGAAACAGGAGUGAUACAUGCGUUUCACUGUGGACACUGGGGGAACUGGCAGUUUGCAGUGAAAGGAAGAGACAACACCAAGCGAGAGAUUCAGUUUGACUAUGGUGGCUAUCAAGAGGCCAGAGGCUGUUUAACAGGUGCUGAAUGGUAUGUGGAGAAUAUUUUUGAAGAAUUGGAUGCUCCUGGAGAAUGGUUUUACAAUGAAACGGAAAUGAAACUCUACCUUUAUCCAAACAGCACUUUGCCUACUAGUGGUGUCGGUACUGUACUCAAGAGGCUAUUCAAUGUGCAAGGAUCAAUGGACUCACCCGUUUACAACAUUACUUUCAUGAACAUUACAUUUGCUCACACUCAACCGACGUAUUUUGAUUCGUACGAGGUCCCCAGCGGAGGAGACUGGUCCAUUCACAGAGGAGGGGCUGUGUUUGCAGAAGGUGUCGAGGGUCUAACAAUUCAUAGUUGUCGAUUUGAUUCACCUGGUGGAAAUGGUAUUUUUCUUAGCAAUUACAUAAGAAAGACUCUCAUAAAAAAUAAUGAAUUCUUUUUCACGGGUGACAGCGCAAUUGCUUCGGUUGGCUCAACAGAAUUGAUUGAUGGAACAAAUGGCAACCAACCUCGUGGAAAUGUUAUUGCUAACAAUGUAAUGCGAGAGAUUGGAAUAUUUGGCAAGCAAACUUCAGCAUACAUUCAGGCUCUCACUGCUCAAACAACAUUCUCUAACAAUGUGUUAUUCAAUGGACCUCGAGCUGGUAUCAAUUUUAAUGACGGAUUCGGAGGAGGUCACAAUGUAGUUCAUAACCUGGGUUUCAACAUGGUUCGCGAGACUGGCGAUCAUGGACCAUUUAAUUCGUGGGACAGACAACCAUAUCUCACAAAGGUGAACGACGGAAUUACUCCGUCUCUACAACCAGCCACUACUAACCUGACGCAAAACUUUUUCAUCAAUAACUAUCACUCCACGUGGCCAAUAGACCAUGACGAUGGCUCUUGCUAUUAUUACGACACGUACAAUUUUCUCAUUUAUGGAGGGUACAAGAACUACCUUGGACACACAAAAGUAGUUAAGUACAACCUAUACAUCUAUCCUGAUGCGGCGCACAGCUUUGUGGAGGAGGGUGUUGGGGGAUUUUUCUCUAAGCCUUUUUGCGCUAAUAGUGACGGUGCCUCUACUGGGGAUCUCCCUUCUGGUUGGGGUGAGGUGUGGUCUAACAAUUCCUGCGUCCUUGGAAACCCGAACAUUUACGAGUUUGGAAGUUGCAAUCCUGACAACUCAUUGAAAGGAUUAGUUCCAUUUACAGCGAAUAACCAGUUUUACACCCCGAACAAGGACAUUUAUAUCAAGUGCAAAGAUAAGAUGUUCUCGCUGACCGAGUAUCAGAGCAUGGGCUACGACGUUGGAUCCACUGUGAACGAUGUGGUGGACACUGACACUAUUGUAGCCUGGGGCAAGAAGAUCCUGGGCAUGUGAGAGACAUACCUGAAUACUCCAGAAUGCUUUCAUUGUAUGCAUGUAUAGUUAGUUAGUAGCUGUACAUGCAUGACUAAGUAGCUGACACAACAUCGUUAGAAGUUUUUUAAAUUGUUACUUGGCUCCUCCACUAUAGUGUUAAUACAACAAAAUUGAUAAAUAUGA